AUGGCAUCUUUAGAACCAUUUAAGAAUGUUCACUUGUUAAAUCAAUCAAACCAGUUGCUUGGUCUUUACACUAUAAUUAGAGAUAAGAAUACUAAACGACCAGAUUUCAUUUUCUAUGCAGAUAGAAUCAUUCGGUUGCUUGUUGAGGAAGGACUUAACCAUUUACCUGUGAUGCCUACAACUGUGGAAACUCAUACAAUGCAGAAGUUUGAAGGAGUAUCCUUUCUGGGUAAGAUUUGCGGCGUGUCUAUCAUUAGAGCAGGUGAAUCGAUGGAACAAGGAUUACGGGACUGCUGUCGAUCUGUGAGGAUCGGCAAAAUCUUGAUUCAGAGAGAUGAGGAGACUGCGUUACCAAAGUUAUUCUAUGAAAAGCUGCCGCAGGAUAUUGCUGAUAGAUAUGUAUUCCUGUUGGAUCCAAUGUUAGCUACUGGGGGAAGUGCUAUCAUGGCUACGGAAGUGUUAAUCAAAAGAGGAGUUAAACCAGAAAGAAUCUCAUUUUUGAAUUUGAUUUGUUGCGAAGAGGGCAUCGAGGCGUAUAGAGCCCGAUUCCCAGAUAUUAGGAUUAUUACUGGCGCUAUUGACAAAGGUCUUGACGAGAACAAGUACUUGGUUCCCGGCUUAGGCGACUUUGGUGAUAGAUAUUACUGUAUUUAA